GUACCUUUGGAGAAUCGAGAGAGUUAAUAAAGUUGGAAUAAAGGAAGUGCAUAUCUAUGUGGUGGGGAGAAGAGGAGACGAACCUACCAAAAAAAAAGCUUACAUUUUUUUUUUAAUAGCGAAGCUUUUUGGUUCCACCUCUGUAGCUUCUCACACCAUUUAUUAAUCUCCUCUCUCCCUCUUCUCCCUUUCAGAGUUGCAGAGACUUCGUGUUUGCUCUUGUCAGAGAAAAAAACAAAAGACAAAAAUUAGUUCUCUUGCGUGAACAAACCUUUCCAAGUACUUUUUUCAAGUCUUUCCUUGUCUAAAUAUCCUUCUUUCGGUCAAAAGAACGCAACUUUCUCUAACACCUUAUGGAUGACUAUUCAAGAAACGGUGAAAUAUCUCCAAAGCUGCUCCAUUUGAUUCCACAAGGGAGAAGAAGAAACUGGUUUCACAAUGACCAAGCUUCUGUUUACAACAAGGAAGAGAAGAAUCUUGAGCUAAAGCUUGGACCACCUGGUGAAGAUGAUGAACACAUCAAGAAAGAACCAAAAGACAAAACCACAUCUCAGAAAAGAACUGCUCCUGGUCGAGUGGUUGGUUGGCCUCCGGUUAGAUCAUUCAGGAAGAAUUUAGCAAAUGGAAGCUCUUCAAAUGGUGUUGACGUCAAGAACCAGAGGUGUGGUGAUGAUAAUGGCAGAGCAAAGACAAUGGAACCUAAGAGGCAAGGAGGUUUGUUCGUGAAGAUCAACAUGUAUGGUGUUCCCAUUGGUCGUAAAGUCGAUCUCAGUUCUCAUAAUAGCUACGAGCAGUUAUCAUUCACCGUCGACAAGCUCUUUAGAGGUCUUCUUGCAGCUCAAAGAGAAUCAUCAUCGUUUGGAGAAGAAGAGAAACCUAUCACUGGAUUAUUGGAUGGGAAUGGAGAAUAUACUCUUACUUAUGAGGACAAUGAAGGAGACAAGAUACUCGUUGGAGAUGUCCCAUGGCAUAUGUUUGUAUCUUCGGUGAAGAGGCUUCGUGUGAUUAAAACCACUGAGAUCUCUUCAGCGUUAAUAUGUACGUAUGGGAAUGGUAAGCAAGAGAAGAUGAGGAGCUGAAGAAAACAACCUUUACAGCUUAAAGUAGAGACGUUACUAUGUUUUGCUUUUUCUUUUUCAACUCUGGUGAGUUUUGGUCUUUGGAAAGUCUAUAAUUCAAGCCUGAUGUACAUCUUUUGAAUUUUGAGAAUUUCAUACUAAAUGAGUUGUGUUAGAACUCAAUCAAGUUCAGACAUGAAAAAGAUGAUUUAGGUUCUUUAGUAAUAUUACAGAUCCUUUUAGUCA